GUCAACGCUCAUAAGAGUGUCUGCUGCACUUGACGCUUGGUCAGCGCUCCUUUUGUUUGAAUUUUCACCAGUUGUUUUCCUUCUACUCAACUUUCCAUUAAUUUGCUAGGAACCAGCAUUCUUUACCAGGAAACGUUUGUUCCUGACCUUCCUUGUGGAGGAUUUAAAUUAUUUAUUGUGAAGCAUAACGCAGCAUUUCUGUAGCAGAAAUUGGUUUUAUGUGAUAAUUUAUAAUUUUUCAGAAGAGCAAAAGUUUCUGUUAUAAUUAACUGCAUUUAUCACAGAAAUAAAACCCUGAAAUGUGAAAUGAAACUACGCUGUUUAAGGGUUUUACAUUUUGAAUUUACAAAUUUACGUUAGUGAUGUAUAUUUACCGGUGCGUGUUUAUUUAUAUUGUGGAUGAAAACUUGGUGAAAUACGGAUUCAGCGGACCCAUUUAUUGUAUUUUAUUUCUUGACCAGCAGGGGGCAGCAUUUACUAAACCAUCUGCAGAUGCGGAUGGGUUUUAAAAGACGCUCAGAUGAUUUAUUCUUGUCUUUGGAUGGAAUCGCCCUAAAGUUUAUGAAGAAACAUCUGAUUAAAGUUUUGAUCCGGACAGAUCACUUCAUGUUCUCCGUUAAAGAUGUUGAACAAAAAGACGAAUCUGUGCAAAGAAUCUGCCUGGAAAACGGAUUUCUGCCUCCUAAUUUAUUCACACUGGGUCACAUCAGAGGCAGGAGGGGCUGAAACUUAAGGAGAGCAGAUGACGGACGGGAAACUGUUCUGUUUGCUGCCGUGCUGAGAGCUCAGAGUAAAGAUGAAGCUUUUAGCCUUCCUGUGUCUGUCCGUUCUCUUAGCUCACAUUCAUCUCUCAGUGGCAGGCAAAAUCAAACUGCCAAAGCCUUUUAAGACGACAAAGAUAAAAACUAAUCUGGAUGCCAAAACUAAACAUUCAAUCCUGGAUAAGGCCAAAAAUCCCACUUCAAAUAAAGGAAGUUACCCUAAGCAACCAGAAGGAGGCUAUCCUCAGUACCCAGGAAGCCAACCUCAAUAUCCAGCGAGAGGCUAUCCUCAGUACCCAAACCAACAUGGAGGCUAUUCCAACCCAGGUAGCUACCCUGGGUAUCCAGCGAGAGGUUAUCCUCAGUACCCAAACCAACAUGGAGGUUCUCCUUACCAUGGAAGCUACCCUCACUACCCACAGUAUCCUGCCGGUCAUUACCCAGCUCCAGGGUAUGGAGGAGGUUAUGGAAACUAUCCAGGUAGCUACAUCAACCACAACCCAAACAACAGGAUCCUGAGCCCUCACUACGGUGGGAGUUUUGGAUAUGGUGGUUACGGAGGUGGGGGUGGUUCUCCAUUCUCUCACUCGGUUCAGAAAAUGGGAUUUGCUCCGUCUGAUCAAUCCAAAGGGUUUGGACGCAGUGCGGCAAUGGCGGCGGCUGGAGGGGCAAUGACAGGAAUGGCCCUGGGCUACGGAUUAGGGAAGUUCCCCCGUCCCAAUUUCCACUUCCACAACCCCCACCAGGAGUAUUACUACAACUACUACAUGUACAAGCGAUACGGUAGGAAAUCCUCUGACAGGGACGACUACAGCAGGGACUACAAGUUCAAUCAACCACCUGAGGAAUUUGACAAGUUCAUGGCUUCCUGCAUGAAGAGGACGGACCUUCUGCCAGGAGAGAACCAGAGGUCAGAAACCAAACCACUGACCACCACCACAACAACCACAACAACUUCUGCAACUAACACAACUACUACCACAAGAAGCAACAUCACUGCAGCAGGGAAUGUCUCCUUCACCGCCAAUUCAACCAACAACCCUCUCAAUGAGUCUGAUGUUACAAAUCUGAAGGUUUCACAGACUCUCCAGAACAACGAGACGAAUGAUGACACAGUCAGUAUUGUGGAAAUUGGCUACCCAGCGUUGAUCAACCAGAUGAAGAUGAAAAGAUGUACGGAGCUUUACGUCGUUUACUCUGAAAAACACUUGAAGAAAAAUAAACAGUCUUCACCUCACAGUGGGAAAGAAAGCCUGCAGAUGGGGCAGCAAGGGCUACUUUUUGUAUUCAUGAGCACAACUAUGAUGUUAAUGCUGCACAAUUAAGACCUCCACUGGGUAGAAAAUGAAGUAGAAAAAUAAAGAUAAGGCAAGUUUGCAAACAAACUAAUAUUUUUUAAAUUAAUGGUAUUUACAUUGCAUUAUAACAUGACUUCUACCUUCUGGCUUCAUGGUUCAUUGUUUUUGCUCAUGACAAUGAACUUUAAUUAUGGCUAAUUAUCGCUACUGCUCCUCUGCAACACAAAGCAGAUCAUGAAUGACUAAUUUUAGUGAGGACUAAUGGAAGCUGAAGGUUAUUUUCCUUCCUGUAGCCGCCAACUGCAGUCCAAGGCUAACACUCUACAACAGAGUCAACGCCAAAAACAUGUUAGCUAAAUAUUUGUUUUAGCUGUUUUUUUAUUUCUUCCCCAUCUACAACAGAGACACGGCUAAGAACGUGUUAGCUAGAUGUUUGCAUUUCUUCCCCCUCUUCAAUAAUGCCACCGCUAACAUGUUAGCUAAAGAUUUGUUUUAGCUGUUUUUAUUUCUGUUCUCCUCAACUACAGAGCCGUCGCUAUCAUGUUAGCUAAAGAUUUCUUUUAGCUGGGUUUUUUAUUUCCUCCCCAUCUCCAACAGAGCUAACAACAUUAUUGUUAGCAUCUCCCCCAAAUAAACAAAUUACAGCAUCAUUCAAGUGCGUUGUGUAAAUGUUCUAAGUUAGUAACUCCUCCAGUCGUCACAAGGAGGGCCGCAGUCUGGGAAAACUUCACUUCCCACUCUUAUGACGCUGAACAUCCACUCAGAAGUGACAAACAAGAAAUUUAUCAGUUGUUGCUCUCUUGUUUGUCCAAACAGAAAUCCUCCUGACUCCAAAAAUGGCAGCAACUGGCUCACUCUGAGCACAGAAGCAUUUUUGCUCUGUCAGAGCGAACCGGGAAAGGAGAGGCCGGUCAGAACGCCUGGUUCAUGAGCCAAACAACUUAAAAAAUAACAUUUCCUCUCAAACAAUAUGAUCACUGAGCGCGUUAUCGGGAUUAGUUUGCACUGUGCUGCUGUCCGCACUCUGCUAUGGUGACAAGUUGUGCAAACAGACUGAACUGCAGUUACAGAAAUAAAAUCAUAUCAGCAGAAAUGUUAAGGCAAGAUCACAGCAGAAAACAGUAAAUAUUAGGAUUUAUGUUGAAUAGCCUUAGAAUAGUGUUGAAGAAAUUAUAUAUAUUAUCAAACAUUUGCUAUAUUAUACUUCAUAUUACUUUUAUUGUUUCCUUUACCAUAAACAUUAAUGAUGUUGUUGUGUUUGAAUUGCUUUAAUUCUGUUUCUGAGUAUAUUUCAAGGAGGCCACUGCAGGGGCGAUUCUAGGAUCUGACCUUUAACCCCCAGCAGGUCUAAGACCCAUGAGAAGAUACUCAUUGGUGUGGUUUUCUAAAUUUAACUGCUUAUCUACAUAGAUUCACAAACAAAAUUAAGAGACAUGUUGUCUAUAUACUGUAUAUAUAUAUGAUAGUAGCUGGGGCAUCUUGUCCCGAAAGUAUAGUGUUGCGCAUUCUUCCUCUUGCCCAUAUUUGGAAGACGCUGUGACAGAGCGCAGCUGGUUCGUUAGCGAGACAAGUAAUCAGCAGUUACAUUUAUUUAUUAUUAUUCCUCCCCCAAACAGUGUAACUUUAUUUAAUUGGGUUUUAAAUGUCUCUCAGCAAUGAGGUUUCCAGGACCAGCAUAGACUCUUACAUUUAAUGUGCUCAUUUUUGUAUAAUAAAAUAAACUGACUAUCCUUGUCCAAAGGAACUUGUGAAUUCAAUAAACUGUAUUUAAUUUGCA